AUGCCAAGGACUCGGCUUUCGGCUGUGACCUUGGCGGCCAGUGAUCUGCUGAGGUACGUGGCCACCGCUUCACAGGCAUUCUUCGCGGCUUGCCUGGUGAUGCAAGCGCUGCCUGCGCAAGCACGAUAUCUUCUGCCUUUCAUCCCUCGCAAUGCUGCAUUCAUAACAGGGACGGGCGCCACAAAGAUCAUGGGUCCCUGGAUGGGGCGGCCAGCCGCCCUAGGAGGCUGGAUGAUGGAGCUGAUGGGAAUUUUAAUCUCCCACAAGACGUUUCUCCUUCUCACAGCGCUCUCGGCAUUUCCAACUUACCGCUUCGUUUGGCGGGCCUUGGAGCCUUCGCCAAUCCCAGAAGGCGAAACUAGAGGUGCCGGCGGGCAGCUGCUCCGCGAGCUUCUUCGAAGCUGCUUGUCCGGUGCGGUGCUGGCUGGGGGAGUGCGGGCUGGUUUCGCAGCAGCUGGUCGAAGUUUGCCAGACGCCGCGCUUCUUCCAGUGCUGGCGUUCAUCGCCCUGGCUGGAGUCCAGCCUGUGCAAGACUUAGCGGCACGUGCCUUUGCGGCUUUGCAUCUGCGGGCCAUCAAGAAGAAGCGCCUCCGGGGUAUGCUUGGCGGGAAGAUGGUCAAUGGCAGUCUGCAGGGCUUCAGCGGUCUUGCGGCACAAGUGGCCACGAAGGAAGGAGUCCUCCAGCUGCCCGCCGCCGCCGCCCUCCGCCUCGCAAAGCGCCCGGCGCCUCGGGCGCUGGGCAGCGUGGAGGUCCCAGUCAACGGGGUCGCCAAAGGCAUCGAAGCCGCGGAAGAUGCGCUCUCCUCGGGAAGCCGGAAGAAGAAGCUGCUGGCCAUUCCGCUCCUGCUUGCCUUCGGUACGCUGCUGUGGAAAGUGCCCAGUGCUGGUUCUUUCGCGUAUGGCCUCGGCGUGAGCAUGUACUUGAGCGCUUUCGUCUUGCCCCCACCCUUGAUCGUGAUCCUCGCCCUUGUCAUCCUCAUCUUCGGAGGCCCUGCACCGUCGCUGAGCUCCAAAGGCUUUGCGCUUGGCUUGGGCUUGAGCGCACUGAAGCAGCUCCUCGCUGGUCGGGCCCAGCCGUCGCUUGUCACCUGCGACGGGCUCAACCUCGAAAAGGGAGAAGCAACAAUUGCAUGGCGGACGACGUCAGCCGUGGCUGCAGAAGAGGUGGCGCAGCAAGUGAGGGAUGCAGCAGCAGGGGACCAGGAUGGCGAAAGCCUGAAGAAGCUGGGAAAGAAGUUGCGCAUCAAAGCCGUUGCCUUGAGUGUGGUGGCAGCUCUUCUCAUCCUUGUGAUGUGCAGGUGGCCAAGUUUGGUGGAGUGGGUCGAGCACAAUGCCCCUACCUCAGGCCACCGCUUGCUGAUCCUGGGAAUGUCUUCUGGCAUUGCACUGCGGCUGAUGAACUUCGAAGUUCUUCAGCAAGGGGCACGUCGGGUGCUGCCCGCUCGUCUGGCAGGGGCCAGUGGAGGGCCUGGCAAGGCUGCCCAUUGGUUCCUGGCCGUCAACACGAGAGCAUCCGCAGUUUCAGCUGCAACUGCAUUCUUCAUACCCAUGGUAGGCAUCGUGCAAAAGAUCGCAUAUCACCUGGAACUGAAGAAGGAGGUCGCCUGGGUGGAUGCCUGGGCUCUCCAAAUCUCCACGGCCUUCGUCUUCCUCGUGCUUAGUGUGCAGGCUGCGAGAGUUCUCAGCCGCAGCCUGCCAACAGCCAGCAGCCCAGCCGCUGGCCUCGCCCUGGCGUGUGUGCGGGCAUGGAUCGUUGGAGCAGCCAGCACCGCGAUGCUAGACUUGUCAGUUCCUCCCGGCUGGGAAUUUUGGAGCUACCUCAAAGACUAA